AUGGAAUUCGUCCGAAGUCGUCAACUGGGUGGCCACUUGGGUGGAGCUGACAAGUUUGCGUCAAAAAUGGCUUCCACAGCAAAUCCUGGAGCCAGCAGAGAUGCGGUUAAUGUCAAUGCCCUGAGUAAGUUUCUUUUUUAUUUUUGAACUUCAAGUUUUAGUUGCUCAACAUGCUGAACUCCAGAGAAAGCUGAAGCUGAAACAUUGCGAAACUAAUGGUAAGCGAAAAUUUUAUGUGAUGUUUUGAUUGAAUCAAGGUUCUGUUUUGCCUACUGCAAUAUGAAUUAUUUUUUAUUCCAGCCUUGAAGGAGCAUCUAAAAUCGUUGAUGGAAGAGAAAACGACUCUUGAACGGGAGGGUCAAGCCAAGUUGGAUCGUUUGAACACUCUGAAGCGCCUUCACCAAGCCAAGAAAGAUGAGCUGGCACGCAAUUUGAAGAUGAAGGCAAUGUUCGAGUCGUGUAUUUAUCGGGAUUCUGACGUAAGAAUCUGCAUUGAGGUGCGGAAUUAAUUUUAGGUGUCCUCGGACGAAGAAAGUGUGGAGAUUCCAGACUUGAAUCAGCUCAAGUUGGCCAAGAAAGCGUAUGAGGAAGAGCUGAAGGAUCGAAAAUGGCUUGAGCAGCUGCAUCAGGUAUUCAAGUUUUAUUUUAUGUAUGUUCAUCUUUUAGGCAAAAUUUCGGGCUGAGAACGCUGAACACGAGAAGAUAAAAAUAAAAGAACGAUACGAUGAGGAGUUAAAACUGUUUCAUGAGGCCUACGACAAGUGUAAGAUAAAAAUUGUGUUGGUUUUAUGAAUCGUUUUAGUGGAUCGUUAUCGGCGGCUGAAUUACCGCGAUUUUAUUCUGGAAUCAGUACUUACCGCCAAGAAAAUCCACGAGCAGAGGAAAAAAUUGGCCGUUUUCUUGGUCAGAAAUGCUAAAGUAAGGUUUUCAAUCGUUUCGUCUUUUAUUUUUAGUUCAAUUCCACUACUGAUGACUCCUUGGAAGAGGAUUGCAAAUCUCCAGAGAUCAUAAACCAUUCUCAUGUGGACACACCUCGCCCUCCGACGGCUCGACCAUUGCAUAGCAAGGAGAAUGUUGUAAAACCUCAAGAAGUUCAUGUUCGGCCGAAAGUUGAUGUCGAAAAGAUUGCUUCGCAGCAAAAAGGAUACUCCAGCGAUGCAGAGAGUGUAAUUUCCACUAAAAUGAACAGCCAGCCAAUUCCUUUCGUCUCGGAUUACAGUUCACAAGAUCCUCGGAGUAAUGAAUUGGAAGAAGAAGACAUUAUGGAGGAGGAUCAACAAGAUCUGGAAGAAAAUGACAGUCAAGGUACGAGUUUUUUUGGAAAGGUUUAAUUAAUAAUUUGGCCUAAAAUCAAAAAUUUUUAUAUUGUACUUGUCGUUUAGUUGAAGAAGAAAUGCCCCAAGUGAACGAAAGCCAAGAAGAUUCGGUGGUUAUUGCAGAUGAUGAUGAUGAGCAAAAUCGUUCUGAUAGUGUGCUGCUUCAUGACGACAAAUCGUUCGAAGAGCAAAAUGAGAAGGAAAAUAGGGAGGGAGAGAUCGGAGGUGGUGAAGGAUUCGGUUUCCAUGUGGAUGAUGAUGAGAAUAAUAGUAUCAUCAUCGAUGACAAUGAGGUAAGUUGUUUUUUUUUUGUUCAAUUCUGUGUUUAGGAAAAGGAUGACAGCUUCAAAUUGGGCGAUUCUCUCUCGUUGACAAGUCAGAACAAAGAUGUAAAUAGAAUUUCACCCAAAUCCCCUGUUUUUGCGGUCCCAAAGGUCCCAGACAAGAAAUUGGGCAAGAAGAAGGCGAGUGAACCUGUUUUCAAUAUCGAAGGUAAGACGAUCUAGGCUUUUUUUAUUAUCCGUGAUCUAGGAAAUGUGUAAUCUUUUUAAUUUCAGAUACUUCCUUCUCGUUCAGCAACUUUGACCCCACCAAAAACGGGUCCCAAAAUGUAGAUGGGGAUAUAUUGGGACAGAUCAUCGAUACCAGCAUGAAUUCGGCGGAUCCAGCAAGCGAUUUUCUCAAUUUGGCGGGCAAUUCCGCCGGUAACGAUACUCAUGAUGGUGGAUUUAACUUUAAUUUGUUCAAUUCGGAUGAGGCGGAGGAGAUUGGAGAUGAUAAUCAAUUCAAUUUCAACUUGUCAAAUAGCGGCGACAAAAAUGAAAAUAACUUUUUUGGAUUCUAG